GGCAAAUAGAUAAAAAUAGAUCACUGCAAGACAUUAAAAGUUGUAGCUAGGCUGGCAGUCUAUUCAUCAACCCUGCUCAGAUAUAAGGAGGUUGCAAGAGAUUUGAAGUCCAUCGCUUGUAGUUUUGCACAGAAUGACUUUAGAGCACAGGCUAAACAUUUUAUCAUUAAAAACAGCUAGUUUAAAUAUUAAUACAAUGUCAGUUACUUUAAGAAUUUGACACAAACUUACAAAAGUUUUUAUAAAUCAUAGUUACACAAGAAAUUGAUUGCCUUAUGGAGAGAGAUUCAAACCUUAUGGUUCCUGGUACUUAUAAUGCACAAAAUAGUUAUUAUCAUGAUCAACAAAUUCUGACUAUUCAGGAAUUACCUCCUGUGAAUAAACAAACCUUGAACAACAGCACAAUGGUAGAAAACACAGAAGGAACAGAUAAAAGCAAUAAUUGUGAGCUCAAUAUGAAAAAAGAUGAAACGCUUUUUAUUUUUGAGGAAGAUAUUAAAUAUUCAGAACAUUCCAGCCCAAUACAUAACCCAAUGGAUGAAGAUAAAACUAAAAAUGUAUCAUCUAGUAUAAGCAACCAAACUUCUUCAAAUGGUGAUUUACAAAUAUCGAAUAAACUACCAGGAAUAUUUACAUGCCACACCGGUACCAUGGCUCAUGUGUUCUAUGUGUGGCAUACACCUAAAUAUUGUUGCAGUGCUAUUGAACCAAACUGGGAUGAUCACACAACAGGAGCAGAGGAACUUUUUGAUGAUUGUCUCAACUAUUUGGAAUGUACUGAUGUCCUAAGAGACUAUGUCAAUGAAAUCUGGCAAAGGUCUAUGAUAGACAAUGACCCUGAUUUUGUGCUGGCAAGUGACCAGGGUGAUGAGACAAAAGUAAGUCAGGACUGCCUAAAUGGGUGUGAACAUUUCCUCACUGGAAUUACUUGUGUGAAUGAAGUGUCAAAUAACACACCAGCUAUAGAUGACUUGACUGGUCACUGUGACAGUCACUCAGAUCUACCAGAAGCAGCUGUCAAAAGAGAAUUAUCUGGGGACUGUCUAAGAGAUUUACACACAGAAAUGGUGAUUACUGUGGGGCAUCCACAAGACGAAUCUUCCAGUGUGAAAAAUAAAGAGAGAUGUAAACUUGUAUUGGUUGCAGCUGCCAUUCAAAAUGACCAUGCUGGCAUUGAAGAAGAAUAUACAGAAAAUAAUUUGAGUGGAAUAGUAUCUAUUCAUGGUAAAACGAAUAAGGAUGGUAAAGUUGCUGACCUCUUUCCUGCUCGAUUUGUUAAUUCACUGCAAGCAAUGACAGAGGAACCAAAGUCUUACCAACUUAUACAAGCAGGCUCAGAAAAGGAACAAUGUGCAAUACACAGACUGGAUGAUAAAAUGUCUGCUACUCUGGAUAAGGACAUAUCGACCAUUGCUAUAAAUUGUGAACAGGGAGAUUCACAUUUUUCUGACUCAACACCUAAUAAUAGUGAAUACAUCAAGCUUCUGAACAAAAAACACAUAGGGCCGGAAUUAUCUAAAGUUCUCACAGAACCAAUGGAUACAAACUAUAAUUGUUCAACUGACCUUUGUGAGGAAAACAAAGAUUCUGAAGAACAAGGGGACAUUACAAAAUUGAAAACAAUCAAGUCCAAUAAUAUUGACCAGUCACUACUUAAUGACAAAAUAGAUGUUUGCGUUUCAAUAAAAGAAACAGAUCAAGCAGUGGAUUAUCAAAAUGACCAUCACAACAAUCAAACAGAAAAAUGUCUUGCACAAUCUGUUGAAACCAACACCACCCCUACAACGCUGGUUGAAUGUCUUUUGGAUAAAAAUAAAAAUAAGCAAAAACAUAUUUUUGGCACCUGUGCUCAAGAAAGAUUGUAUAAUUCACAAGGAAUAGUUCUUUGGGAAGCAGAGAAGGAACAUAAAGAUCAAGGAUGUACUUGUGAACCAAGGGAACAGGAAUUAGACAUCUUUGAUACAGAGGUUGGUGCGUCACCUAAAAAAAAAACUGAUAAAAAAUGUAAAAAGCAAGACAGUUUGGAUGAUGGCUACCAUUCCUUAGGAAUGUCAUGUGAACAGCAAGGUACUGAUGCUCAGAUCAAAGACGAAGAAAGAAUUAUUAUGGCAGAAUCAGAGACGUACAUAAACCAGGUAAACGAAACCUUAGACCAUGCUCAGUGUAAAGUUGGCAAUAUAAAAAAAGUGCACAUUAAUCAACUGGAUGACCAAAAACAUUCAAACAAUGAAGUGGAAAAAUCAAAGGAAUUGGAUGAUGUAACUGGAAGAAGAUCAGUAGAAAACACAUCAUCGCACCGUCAAGAUUUCCCAACCGUCAAUGAAAGGUUGAAUAGUAAAGUACAUUUAACAACAUGUAAAAAGGCAGAGAAUGUGGGGCUUUGUAACACUAAGACUUUAGUUGAUUACACCAGGAGGACUACUGACACUUUGCCAUGUGAUAUUAAAGGAAAUGUAGUCAACAAAAGUAAUAAACAAAAAUCAAAUCCAAAAACAGAGUCUAGUAAAAGGAAACUUUCAGUACCGUCUUUACAAAAUAAAAAAAAUUGCACUUCUAUUGAUGGGGAUCAACCAAACACUAAACUUGGGAUAGCAAACCUUUCAACUAUUGUGAGAAAAAAGCCAAUACAUUUCACAAGAGAGCUUUCAGUGGCUUCAGAUAGAUCGGUACAUGAAAAUGAAGAUGCACUAUUAUUAAAGGCCAAGGUCGACAUUCCAAAUUCUAAUGAAUCAUUAAAAGUUUGCAAAAAUGCUGAUACUGAUUUAAAAGGCCAUCGAGUGCAGAAUUUACAGUCUCUAAGUUGUUCAGGUCAUCCAGUGGCUGUCACCAACUCAACUGUAAAAAAUGCUGAAAAUAAAGCAGUAAGGAAAAAGUUAAAAGGACAUGGAAAGGAACAAGCCAAAAUUUCCAAGUGUGAAAAAGACACAUUAGCCGGCGAUGUGUCUUUGGCAGUGGAUGAGGGAAAGAGUUACAACAAGGAGAGCAAUACAGAAAUAUCAGCCUUAAAAGACAACAAAAAAGCUCCCCAGCUAAUACAUGCCGUCCAAGCUGAGAUGUUUCCUGAUGGUUCUGGGAACAUGAAACUGUGCUGUCAUUUUGCUGAAAUUCAUGCAGAUUCUACAGUUACAUGGACUAAAGACUCCAAGUUACUUGCACGAAUUCACAGAAGUUCAAAGGAUGAUUCCCCAGUGUCACUGGCAAUAGUCCAGACCAGUAAGCAAGACCAGGGAUUAUAUCAAUGUAUUCUGAAGAAUAUGUAUGGCCGAGUGUCAACUGAAUUUCAUCUGACCUCCGAAGUGUUGGAACAGCUUUCACGUUACCAGGAUAUUGAUGGUGGAGAGGAGAUUGAAUUCAAUCAGCUUCUGUUCAGAGAGGAUUUUAUCAGUGACAUGUAUUUUGGUGGAAACUUACAUGGGAGAAUAUCAACUGAGGACUUACACUUUGGCGAGGGCGUUCACAGAAAAGCUUUCAGGAGUACAGUCAUGUGCGGCCUACUUCCUGUGUUUAACCCUGGCCACUUGUGUGUUCUGAAAGUGCACAAUGCAAUAGCGUAUGGGACUAAAACCAAUGAUGAACUUGUUCAAAGGAAUUACAAUCUUGCAGUUCAGGAAUGCUAUGUGCAAAAUACUGCACGUGAAUACGCCAAGAUUUAUGCAGCCGAAGCGGAAAGGUUAAAGGAUUUUGGAACAGUUCCGGAAAUUAUUCCAAUUUUUCUUAUCCACCGCCCUGCAAACAAUAUCCCAUAUGCAACAGUAGAAGAGGAACUCUUAGGAGACUUUGUGAAGUAUUCCGUUAGGGAUGGAAAGGAAAUCAACUUUUUAAGACGAGAUUCUGAAGCUGGACAAAAAUGCUGCACAUUCCAGCACUGGGUAUAUGAGAAGACCAAUGGAAAUUUACUUGUCACAGAUAUGCAAGGAGUUGGAAUGAAGUUGACAGAUGUUGGCAUAGCCACAAUAGCCAAAGGAUACAAAGGAUUUAAAGGAAAUUGCUCUGUAUCUUUCAUUGAUCAGUUUAAAGCUUUGCAUCUGUGCAACAAGUAUUGCGAAAAACUUGGAUUAAAAUCCUUAAAACCCAGCAAUCAAAAACAGAAAAAGCCAAUAGCAAGCAAGGAGAAAAAUCAGCCAAUCCCACCCGCCACCCAAAAAAGUAAACUCGGCACAAAAACAAAAAAUAAGACGUAAGGGUAAUGAGCAACCCUUUUGAAAUGAAAUGAACUGUCCUAUCUAUAGUAACACUUUUAAACUGCAUUGUAUUGGUAAAUUAAAAACGUAAAUUGUAUUUUAUUAUUUAUGUAUUGACUCUAUGCUCUCUUUGAACUUACAGUUAAUAGGAUAUGGUGGAAGUAAAUACUUAUUGCUGGACACCACCGCCUACGGAGUGUUCUCUCAUAUAUAGAAUUUCUUCAUCACCUAAAUUAUUCUAAUUUCUAAGUGUCUCAUGAAUUAAGAACUUAACUAAUUAAAGCCACAUUUUACUCAUAGAAUUUCUAUCACAGAUAUGAAAAUGCACAUGUAAAAAAAUGUUUAACAGCAGUUUCAGUUGUGUACUAAUGCUAUUGGCUGCCAAUUACUUCCUAUUAACGUUGAUUGGCUGACAGGGCCUUCCUAAUAAUGCUUACUGGUUGGUAGGCACAAUGAGCAUCCAUUCUGCCAAUAACAAAAUGAAUAGGAAGAGCAUACUUGACACUGCUGUAUUAGCUUCAAUUUACAUUUUAAAAAAACCUUUACUUCCCCUUUUUGAGAUUAAAAAUAUCAGAAUUUUAAUGUUGCUUUUACUUAUGGAUUACAGAAAUGUUUGGGUACAGUGUCCCUUUAAAAUAUUUCAAAAUAUUAAUAUGCAGUUUUUGGUACUGUAAUGAACUGACUCUUGUUGACAUUAUAUUCAUAACUGUUCAGGGGAAAACCUAACAUUAAAGGGCCAUAAUACCCAAAUGUUUAAACACUUGAAAGUGAUGCAGCAUAGCUGUAAAAAGCUGACUAGAAAAUAUCACCUGAACAUCUCUAUGUAAAAAAGAAAGAUAUUUUACCUCAAAAGUUCCUCAGUAGCCACCUCCCAUUGUAAAGGAUUUCUAAGCAGCAUUUUAGUGUGUUUGUCCUGGGACAUCUGAAGGGACUAGCAUCGUGCACUCUCAUAUUAUUUCACCAAUCAGGUAAAGGAAGCUUACUAUGAAAUCUCAUGAGAGUUAAGUCAAAUCUCAUGAGAUCACAGUAAGAGUUCAUGACCUCAGCACUGCUGAUGCUGAUUGGCUGCUGUUCAUUUCUUCAUUUUUUUAAAUUUGUUUACCUGCAGCUGGGAGCAGCUGAGUAUAACUUUUUACACAGAACUUACUCUGCUGAGCUGAGGAAAUUGUGAGGUAAAAUAUCUUCCUUUUUUACAUAGAGAUGCUCAGGUGAUAUUUUCCUGUCAGCUUUUUACAGUUAUACUGCAUCAGUUUCAAGUGAUUUAGCAUAUGAGUAUUAUGUCCCUUUAAGGCAUUUGUUAAAGUGCCAAAAAACAGUUUAAGGCUAUGUGCAUAUUAAGGGUUAACGGAGGUAAAACGGUGUGUGAAAAUAAAUUGUAAAAAAAGCUUAUAAGUAUAUUAAUAAAAUCUCCAAACAUCUACAAAAUAUUGCAGGAUAAUGGCAGUGAUAUGAAGCAAGCAUGUACAAAUAAAUUGUUUUGACUUUAUUAUCAAAGGGCUGAAUACUACAAUAAGGUCACUUUAUGGGGUAUAAUGAUAUUGCAGGAUAAUGGCAAUGAUAUAAAGCAAGCAUGUACAAAUACAUUGUAUUGUUAUUAUGCAUUUUUUGACUUGGCAACACACAUUGUGUGCUUUAUUUUCAAAUGUACAUUUCAAUGAUCUAAUUAUUAGGAUAUUUACACUCUAUCUACAUUUGUUCAAAACCCAUACUUGUUUGGGUUCCCACUUGAUAAGCCAUUACAAAAUAGUGAAUACCAGAACCAAAUGUGUGAGAAUUUCUGUCUUGCCUAGUGGCUGAUGUUUUGUGUUUGUAUAUUUUUCCUUGUGGGAGCUGCAUUAUAAAUGUAACAUGUCUGUAUCCUAAAAAUGAAAAUGACCUUCAGUUGUAACUUUGGUACAGUAAUCAGGAGACAUUUUUAUUUGAAUGUAUGUGGGUUAAACGCAGCAGGUCAGUUUUAUCUAUGGUUCGCUUUAGUCAUGAAUGUUUAUUGUAUAAAGUAAAGUACAAUAAAUAGAUCCUUUAUAUUGCAA